ACUCGUUGUGUUCCAGAAACAACACCUUUAGGAUUUGCUCCUAACAUUUUCGUUUUUUUUUGUAUAUAUCAAGCGGAAAACCAAGUCCCAACAAUAAAAACUGAAUCUAUAGGGUAAGCAGUAUCACAAUUUGAAGCACCUUUCUGCGAUGGAAUCUAUACCUUCCUGCUCACGGGCCUACACUUUCUGCACGACGAGUGCAGGGUCAUUCACACCGAUCUGAAGCCGGAGAACGUGCUGCUGGCGUCCAACGAGGGGAUCCUUCGGACCGAGGCCAGGAAGGCAAUUGAAGUAUAUUUGGAGGCCAACGAGGGAAAGCAAAUCCUUGCUCCAAGAUGACCAAGACGGCCAAGAGACGGAUGCAGACAAAGACCAAGAAGGCUUUAUCGUUCUUCAGGAAUCAUCGCCGGUUGCUCCGCAGGCAGGGCAUCGAGGAUCUGCUGCAUCUGGCCGAACGUGGCCUCAUCGAACCGAUCACCGCCGCCAUGGCCGUCUCCGAUAACUUACCCUGCAUUCCCUUUGGGUUCGACGGUCUUAAGAUGAUGAACGAUAGCGAUUGCCAGACGGUGCGCAAUGCUAAGUUGCCCGAAAUGAAGGACAUGGUAUACGAAUGCGACAAGAUAAGCCUGUGUUUAAAGAGUCCGGAGCUCUUCUUGCGACAUGUUCUGGGCAUUAUCGAGAAUUUGGAUGAGAAGGAGCUUAGCACACAGGACAAUCGGAUGCGGGCCAGUGGACGUGCCCAGACCAAGAAGAAUGCCAGAAUUGAAUGCCGAUUGAGAUCGUCAUUGACUCUUCCAUAUACGGUAUUUAUUCCACAUUUUGCAUCAAAAAUUCCCCAAUUGAAUGCCGGAUCCCAAUUGGGCAAAGAAAAUGAUCGAAAUGCAUGUUAAUCCAAUCAGGCUGCAAGGGCGGCUCCUGCGCUGGUCUCUCCGUUGUUGCCCAUCUUGACUUCGAUUAUCCCGGCGCCUGGGUGCACGUCGAUAUGGCCACGAACGUUUAUUGGGGAGCGUGCCACAGGAUAAGGCGUUGCCCUGUUGCUGACCGUGUUUGGCCCCUUUGCUCCAAUCCAUCGCAGAUUGGAGUCAUUGUGCCCGCCAAAGAGGGUCAGCCACAGGGCAAGGCCGUAUCAAGUGGCACGCUCCCCACAAUGAACGGGCGUGGCCAUAUCGACGUGGACCCAGGUUACGGGAUAAUCGAAGCCAAGAAGGGCGGCAAUGAAGAGGCCGGCGCAGGAGGAUUGGGCGUUCUGACGAUCCGCCACCGAGUUUUUCAUAUCGGCAACGGCCGAAGCGAAUUCCGAGAAAUGCAAUUCGGGGCAAUAAAUUAUGGAUGCCAAUAAAUCGCCGGAUUUGCGUCGCCGGAUAUUCCGAGACCGUCGACAUCUGGAGCGUGGCCUGUCUGUUGUGGGAGCUGGCCACCAAGACCUAUCUAUUCGAUACCCAGUCGAAACGGGGCAAAGACGGUAAGGAUGAGGCCCAUCUAGCAAAAAUCGUCGAGUACUGUGGUCACAUACCGAGAUAUCUUAUCCGCAAUCGCCGAAUUUCUUCAGGACCUUCUUCAGGACGAACUAUCCAACAGAGAAAGCCUGAGGCCCACUAAACUGACCAAUUUGCUAAUCAGAUGCAAAGGAUGGACGACUCGCAAAGCCACGGAAUUCGUGGAUUUCCUAAUGCCCAUGCUGAAUACCGAUCCAUUGAAGCGCACCUCCGCUUGCAAAGCCUUGGGUAGCCCCUAGUUAUGCAACAUUGUCGUUCGUGGCAUUGACGGUUACAAUUACUAUAAAAGUGAACGGAUGGAUGAUAACUUUCAAAUAGUUUGGCACUGUUAAGCUUUUGGCAAAAUAUGGUGUAAUUUUAAAGAUAAACCCAAUAUGAAAAUAAAACUACCAAAUCUUUUGAAGGUAUAUCAUUUUUCUUUUAUAAAA